GUUUAGUUUCGUCCUGGAAUUCGCCAGGUGGUGAACUAAAUUGUGAAAUAACGUCAAUCAGAAAUGAAACAGAACGUGUACCUGACCAGAAUACAGGAUGUGACUGUGGGAUGGAAGGCAUGACUAGAAUUACUGGAGGUCAGGAAACAGGAAUUAACCAAUUUCCUUUUAUGGCAGGUGUCAUAUAUAAGAAUGAUUUUUUUUGUGGAUGCACGAUUAUAGCUAAUAGAUAUUUAUUGACAGCUGGACACUGUAUAUAUCAAACAAAUCCUGAUGAUUUGCUGAUAUUAGUAGGAGAUCAUGAUUUAUCAACAGGUCGAGAUACGAAUGCUAGCAAGUUAUACCAUGUUAGCGCCUACGAAAUCCAUCCUUGGUUCAAUAUGACCUCCUGGCGAAAUGAUAUUGGAAUCAUUCAAACAAGUACUGUAAUAAAAUUUGGUCCUGCUAUAAGACCUGUUUGUUUGCCAUUUAAACAUACUUACUAUGAUUUUGCUGGACAAACUGGAACAAUUUUAGGUUGGGGACUUUUAAAAUUUUCUGGUGUACCCUCAAACACGUUACAAAGAGCCGAUCUAACAAUUUUAUCAACCAGACAAUGUAAUUUUUUUGACCAGCCACCUACUAGUUACAACGAAUUGUGUACAUACGAAAAAGAGAAAGAUUCCUGUCAACAUGAUUCAGGAGGACCUGUAAUAUGGUAUGAUACAAGCACCGAAAGAUAUGUAUUAGUUGGAAUAAUUAGUCAUGGAAAACCUUGCCCUUCCAAUACCCCUGGACUAAAUACGAGAGUUACAGAAUAUUUGCAAUGGAUUAUCGAUAGAACAGGAAGAGAUACUGGAUACUGUGUUAAAUAAAUAAUAAACUAAAUCCAAAAAAAUCAAGCCAAGAGAUAAUUUAAAUAAAGAAUUAAAUUAUUUUUCUAAACAA